GAGUGGCCAACUGACUGUUCGUAUGACCAAUGGAAUUGCGGUAAACCUGAUCAUUUCAACCAAUCCGUAUAAAGAACCCGUUAAAAACGUUGCAUUUUCGAAGCCAGUUGGAUUUUUAACCAAUUGGCAGACAAAUGAAGCAGCGCACACCUAUCAACAGCCAAUACAAAUCAAGAAAUAGAACUUUGUUGAUGUUGGUAUAGAACGUUUGCGCUCCAAUCACAUAGUUAGAAAACUGUGUUCCAGGCAUAGCUCGCCCAAAUCCACAUCAGGUUUGGUUUCGCUCGCCUUACCGUGUGGAAGAGGAUUGUGCAGUUUGACAGGAGAGGAACUACUGCACUCCAUUUACGUCCCUAUCCCGCUCUCUGUCCAGCUGCACCAUGGGAAAGAAGAGUCGAGUGAAGACUCAGAAGUCGGGGACAGGCGCCAUGGCUGUGGUCUCCCCCAGAGAGAUGAUAAACCUCAUAUCGGAGCUCUUACAGAAAUGCAGCUGUGCUGCCCCUUCUCCAGGGAAAGAGUGGGAGGAGUACGUCCAGAUACGAGGCUUGGUGGAGAAGAUCCGGAAGAAACAGAAAGGUAUCUCAGUGAUAUUCGAGGGCAGCAGAGAGGAGUUCUUCCCGACGCUGAUGGCGUGGGCUCAGGAGAGUGGAGCGUCCUGCGAGGGUUUCGAGAUCGCCAACUUUGCUGGCGAGGGCUUCGGCCUCAGGGCCACCAAGGACAUCAAGGCAGAGGAGCUGUUUCUGUGGAUCCCCAGGAAGAUGCUGAUGACUGUGGAAUCGGCCAAGAACUCUGUCCUGGGUCCCCUGUACAGCCAGGACCGUAUUCUCCAGGCCAUGGGUAAUGUGACUCUGGCCCUCCACCUGCUGUGUGAGCGGGCUGACCCCUCCUCCCCCUGGCUGCCCUACAUCAAGACCCUCCCCGGGGACUACGACACCCCUCUCUACUACGAGGAGGAGGAAGUACGCCACCUGCUGUCCACUCAGGCCAUCCAGGACGUCCUCAGCCAGUACAAGAACACCGCUCGGCAGUACGCAUACUUCUACAAGGUCAUCCAGACUCAUCCGACCACCAGUAAACUGCCCUUGAAGGACGCCUUUACGUACGACGACUACAGAUGGGCGGUUUCCUCGGUGAUGACCCGUCAGAACCAGAUUCCUACAGAGGACGGUAGCCGCGUCACCCUCGCCCUCAUCCCCCUCUGGGACAUGUGUAACCAUACCAACGGUCUGAUCACCACUGGUUACAACCUGGAGGAUGACCAGUGUGAGUGUGUGGCUCUGCAGGACUACAAAGAGAACGACCAGAUAUACAUAUUCUAUGGGACGCGGUCCAACGCUGAGUUUGUGAUCCACAACGGCUUCUUCUUCCAGGAGAACGCCCACGACAGGGUCAAGAUCAAACUGGGCGUGUCCAAGAGUGAACGGCUGUACGCCAUGAAGGCGGAGGUGCUGGCUCGCGCUGGCAUCCCCUCGUCUAGUAUCUUUGCCCUGCACUGCAGCGAUCCUCCAAUCUCUGCCCAGCUAUUGGCCUUCCUCAGAGUCUUCUGUAUGACCGAGGAUGAGCUGAAGGACUACCUGGUAGGAGAACAUGCCAUCAAUAAGAUCUUCACCCUGGGAAACACCGAGUUCCCUGUGAGCUGGGACAAUGAGAUCAAACUGUGGACUUUCCUGGAGACCAGGGCUGCCCUGCUGCUCCAGACCUACAAGACCAGCUCCCAGGAUGACCAGUGUGCGUUGGAGAAGCCCGGCCUCUCCUUCCACUCCCGCGUGGCCAUCCAGCUGCGCCUGGCUGAGAAGCAGAUCCUGGAGAAGGUGGUGGCCAGCGGCAAGGCCAAGCGCCUGCACUUCCAGCAGCAGCAGGAGGAGGGCGCUCCGCUGCCCCGCUAUGAGGAGAGCGACAUCGCCCUGCUGGAGAACGCCGAAGCCGACGACAAACUGCCCAUCAUCCUGAGGAAACUAGAGGACGAGGACGAGGAGGGAGACGACCAGGCAGCGGUGGUGGAGCAGGUGUUGGCUCAGGUACAGCAGCUGGGACACGGGGGCCCAGCCAGGGAUCUAGCCCCCCUCAUAGUCAACGGGGAUGGUGGGAAGGUGGUGGUCAACGGGAAUGGUACGGACGCUAGCCCGACGGAGGACGCUAGCCCAGUCCUGGAGGUUGGAGACGCUAGCCCGAUUCAGGAGGCUAGCAAAGAAGCUAGCUCAAUCUCCUCAGACGCAGGCCGAAGUGUUAGCCAAGCCAAGGACACUAGCCCUGCUCAGGAGCGGGAUAAUGUGGAUGCUAACUCCACCAUGCCUGACACUGCUGUCCCUGCAACCACCCAGGAACAGGAAGGCCAAACCAAGAACGGAGUGGGAGUGGACUUGGACCUGAGUGCGGAACGAACUGGAGACGAGCCCAAAGUCUACAGUGAAUAGAUGGAAUCAUCAUCUAGCUAACCGUUAUUGCAGAAGAAGAGCAGCAGUCAGCCAGUCAGUCAGCCCUUUUAUAUUUCUUUAUUUUUGUCUCUCUAAAGUGACUCAGAAAUAAAGAAGGAGCUAAGAAUAAGAAAUAAAAAACAGAAUUUGAAUUUUUAAAUGGUAGAACUUUUCACUAUCUGUCCAUUUCGUUGGUUCGUCCCUCCUUCCAUGGCUUUGUUAUUGGUGCCUUUCUACCUACCAACCGCUGCCGACUGCUUGCACACUGCCAGUCAGUGUCUCCCCCAUCGGCCUUCUGUCUGAGCAUUAGAAGUUUGUCAUUUACAUGAAAAACUGGCUUUUUUUUUGUUGAGGUUUGAACAGUGCUUUACUGGUACAUUGAGUUUAUUCACAUACAAGCUGUGAGAGAACGGUAGGGAUUAACAAUGGCAGGGGACGACCCUGGUUUCAGUUCCACUACUGUAGGUGGGACAGAAGGAAAGAAAUUAGAUUUAAAUUGUAUUUAAUUUAGUCUCGAGCAAGCCAAAAUCUCAUCCUAACCCUUUACCUCUGUCAGUUUAUUACUGUAGUUUAUCUUAACGCUGCAAUAUGUGUUACUUUUUGGGAAACCUGACCAAAUUCACAUAGCAAUGGGAUUUUUAGAUCUGUCAUUUUCAUUGAUAGUAAGGUUAAGAAGUGUUAGAUCAGUUCUAUGUACGCUAUUUCUAUGUUUCCUAUUCUUAAGUUUAGUUUUGAGUCUUUUACUUUCGCUUUAGUACACCAGCUUCAAACAACUGAAAUACAAUUUUUGGGGUUAUUGAUAAGAUAUUUCACAGCGGUUUGUUUUGUCACAAACUGAAAUUAGGCAAACUGUUAGAAUUUUUGAAACCAGGAAAUGGCAGAGCGAUUUCUGCAUAUUGCACCUUUUAAUACACAUCUAGUAUAAUUUCACAAUCUUUUUCUCUGGCUCUUUGUUGUCUGUUUGAGAUCAUCACUUCCCCUCUCUCUCUUCUCGCGCUGCACUUCCUGGUUUUACUCAAUAGCAUUUUAAAUACAACUGAAGGAAACUGCUGGCACAAAAUGUCCUGUGCACUUCUUCUGGGAACAAUCAGUAUUUUAUUUCUUUACUCAAGAGUGUGAAGUACCAUUUGAAAUGUAAUGGAAAGGAUAAUAUGUGUGUUGAUUGAGUGAAAUUUGAUGGCUAAAAUCAGGUGAUUUGGGUCUUUUUUUUUUUCAUUUAAAACUUUAUUUGCAAAUUGAAUCACCCAAGGAUGAGUUUCUGUUGUGAUGAAGAAUAUGACUAACGCUAGUCCAUAUUAUGAGAGCCAUAAGUCAGAAUGGUGACGAAGUCAAACCUUCAGCAAGACACGACAAGACGUGGUUCACACAAAGGACUUCUGCUCAUUUCACUUAGAUGCUGGUUUUGUAGUUCGACAUCCUGAAACGGUGCAAACUAUUUUUGUUACUCCUCCCUCCACACCAGAAACGAGACAAACUAACUGUUAAUAAAGAGGUCUCUGAUCCAAUCGCUAAUUUUCAACGUAUGUUUUUGUUGUCUGUAUUGACAUCUGCUCUAUGUUCAGCUUAGUUUUUUUUGUUUGUUAGCCAUUAAAUGGCUAUCGAAACAUGAUGUGGAGUUUAGCUCUCUCUCUGUUAGAUGCCUAAGCUCUUAAAUAACUCCGUAACUCCAGUACAGUAGCUGUUAUUGUCAUUUCAUCUGUUAGCAGACAGCGGUUCAUGUCGGCACAGGGAGCUAAUUCAUUGGCGGCUGCAUACUCGUCUCCCCCGCGCGACGGACGGACUUGAGCGGCCAUUUUUAAUAGGCCAGGCACAAGCAGUUUAUUUUCGCCUUACUCCAAAGUGUUAGCUCGCGCUGCUUAAUUCUAAUUCGUCUAUCUGUUCAUGCUGUUACCAACCGCAAAAUGAGAGUCUAUUCUGCUGUAUAGCGCAACUAUAAAAGGGGCUCAUUUUCUACCUUUGUUGAAGUAUCACCAUGUUUCCAGUUGCAUACUGUGCUUUGUCGCACUCCGACCUCUCAUCGUGGACUGGUUUGUUCCUGUAUCUUGAUCGACUCCCACUGGACUACUACCGCUACUUGCCAUUUUGUACGAUUCUCUACCAGUCUUUACCUGCUGCUUCUCUAAAGAUUGUUUCCAGUUAGUGUAGUGUACAGUUACUGAGAAUUCUUCCUACUGCUUUAACCAAUCACGCUCUCCAAGCAAUUCACAGCACCCUGUUCUAUCUAGCCACAAAGUCCUCACCAGCUCGCCUCUUCGCCUGGUCCCAGGUCUGUUUGUGCUCUUGCCCAACCCCAUUGCUGUCAUUGUCAAGCCAAUGAGUGACAAGGAGUUGGCAUGAUGGCACAAACAGACGAGCACUCGGGCUACCUUUACAAGCCUGGUCCAAGAUCUGUACUCGGUGCUUUAGCUAACUCCUCUGACAUUGAUAGUUGGUGGUAAGGUUUAGACUUUUGCAGGGUUCUCGUGACUGUAUGAUGCUUAUUGUAACUGUUGAAAUUCAUUGUUACUGUACAUGACAGCAACUCUAGUCUCGGGGAACCAAGGCUUCUCACAUUCUGUCAACAAGACCAGGUUUGAAAGGAUGGCCCCACGAGACUACCCUAACCUUUACCUUAAACGCAGUGUAAGUACAGUGACAAGUUGGCACAAUACUUCUUACACUGUACAACAUACAGAUCUAGGAUCAGUCCAGCUCACCACAUUGCAGUAGUUUGAGGUUGGUCCUGUGUGAUGGUGACAGAAGGUUGUAUUGGACAACACAGAAUAGUCAAACUGUCCACAUGGAAACGCCACAGAUUAAAGUGACUCUAAUUUCUCACCUCC